AUGGCAACAGGAAAUAAAUCAAAUUUAUGUUCAAUAUGUAAUAAACCUGCGGGAAAAUAUUUUUGCACCGGAUGUAGAAAAUAUUUUUGUCCAAAGGACUUUAAAGAACAUAAACAACAACUAUUAAUUACAUUUGAUAAUGAAAUAGUAAGAUCACAUGAUGAACUUUUUGAUCAAAUACAAAAAUUAGAAAAAUCAAAUUAUUUAUCAUUAACUCUUUUUGAUCAAAUUGAACAAUGGAAAAAAACAACAAUUAAAAAAGUAGAAAAAGCAGCAGAAAAAAUUCAUCAUCAACUUAUCGAAUUACUUCAUAAACAAAGAAUUACAAUAAUAAAACAACUUGAACCAAUAACACAAGAAAUUCGUGAUCGUCGAGAAGAAAAUUUUUUUGAAAAUGAUAUUGAUGAACUUAAACAAAAAAUUAAUGAAAUUAAACAAAAACUUGAACAAUUUACUGAAAAAGAUACAAUGAAAUCCAUUAUUGUUAGUAAUGAUCAAAUUGAUUGGAAUCGGCUCAUUUACAUUCAAGAACAACAACAAAACUGUAAGUAUAUGGCACUAGAAAUAUAG